CGGGAAUGAUAGUGUAAUUAAUUAAUAAAUAAUUACUAGAGAACAGUUCCUCUCUUCCAUAUUUUCUGUCCUUUAUAAUAAUUAAUAAUUAUAUACCAGUCCUCUGCAAAAGAAAAGAUUGACAAUUAUAUCUGUGUACCGGUACAUACAUUCAUUGGGGUCCAAAACACCUCAUUUCUCCACUCCCACCAACAAUUAGGCAAAUUAAUAAUCUAUUUCAUUUUUCUUGUUUAUUUUUUUUAACAUAGCAACGAACACUUGAUUCCAAUUAUCUUCUUUCCCCUGCUUCACUCUCUCUGUUUACCUAAUCCCAUUAAAAUAGAAGAAGAAGAAAGCUUACAUGGAUCACUCAUUUUACUACAUAGCCCUAUUUCUCAGCUUCCAUAUUUUUCUUGUCUUUUUCUCCACAGUUGCGUUUGGAGCAACGUUCACAUUUGUGAACAAAUGCCAGUACACAGUUUGGCCCGGUAUACUAGCGAACACCGGUAGCCCUAGACUCGACAGCACUGGAUUCGAGCUCCCCCAAGAUUCCUCCCGGACAUUCGUCGCCCCCGCCGGCUGGUCCGGCCGGUUCUGGGGUCGAACCGGGUGCGCAUUCUCCGGCUCCGAAUCAGUCUCUUGCCAGACGGGAGACUGCGGCUCGGGUCAAGCCGAAUGCAACGGCUCCGGCGCAGCCCCACCCGCGACUCUGGCGGAGUUCACACUCGGCACCGGCGGUUUGGACUUUUACGACGUCAGCCUCGUCGACGGCUACAACCUGCCGAUGAUAGUCGAGGCGUCGGGGGGUUCCGGCAUGUGCGCGUCGACCGGGUGCAUCACGGAUCUGAACCGGGCCUGCCCGUCGGAGCUCCGGGUUGGCGGCGGUGAAGCGUGCAAGAGCGCGUGCGAGGCUUUCGGCAGCCCGGAGUACUGCUGCAGCGGCGCGUUCAGCACACCCGCCGCCUGUCGGCCGUCGGUCUACUCGCAGAUGUUCAAGUCGGCAUGCCCCAGAUCGUACAGCUACGCUUACGACGACCCCACCAGCACUUUCACCUGCGCGUCGGCGGAUUAUACGGUGACGUUUUGCCCCUCCAUGCCCAGUCAGAAAUCAUCAAAAGAUCCAAGCCCGACAGUGACAGCACCAGAAACAACUAAUGCUGAUGGGUCUCUAUCAGGAACAGAACCAAGCAACGGGUCUGGAUCCGAAUUCGGUGUAACGGGUUCCGACCCGAAUUCGAUACCCGGGUCAGGGUCUGAAGCAAUGUUGCCAGAUGGAUCUUGGUUGGCUGGUUUAGCCAUGGGGGAUUCAAUUAGGGUUUACAGCUCACCCACUUUUCAUUCUGUCUUGUUGUUUGCCUCUGCCACCUUUUUUUUAUCUUUUUUUUCUUAGUAUUUUUAAGGUUAUUCAGACAUCGAAAACAAGGCUAUUUCUUCAAGGGGAUGAAAUUUUGGCUUUUAGUUAGGGAACUGUAUUUUUUUUUUUUUUUUUUAUUUUGUUGGUAUUUAAUUUUCCCCUUGAAUUAUGUAUAUAUAUUAAUAUUAUGCUUGUUUCUAUAUUCCUAGUGAAAAACCAAGUGUUCAGUUUUCAUGGUUUUCUUUCCGUUAACUGGUAAAUAUUUUGAGGUAGACAAGAAAGAAAAAGCACGCAGUGAUGGUGUGAAUGUGUGUGAAAUUGUUGGUUAAUUGUCUGUAAAAAGAGAGCUCCCCUUUGCUGCAAUUACAAGCAUAGCUUUCUCCUUUACCAGACAUCUUGUAAUCUUGUUUUUAUUUGACUUGUAUUUAAAUAAUUUAAUCUAAUAAAAAUCAGUUUUU